AUGACGGACACGAGCGUAGAAUCGUGGGAUAGGGAAAAAUGUCUCAAGUUGGUACGAUUCUAUCAAAAUCAACCGCUUUUGUGGGAUCCAAUGAAUGAGCAGUAUUUUAAUAAAUCCAAAAAAAAUGAUUCUUGGCUUGCGAUUUCUAAAGAAAUGAACGUAGACGUCAACUCGGUAAAAAUGAAAAUGACAAGUCUUCUCGCAUCGUUCCGUAGAGAAAAGGCCAAAACAAAAAAACCUUUCACCAAUAUAGGAAAAGGUAAUAUCUAAUAAAAUAUUUGAUAAUUUUAUAAUAGAUAAAUUUUAAAAUCGCAAUAAUAACGAAUAGGGCGUAAUUAUACAUACACGGGUGUACAUCGGCUAGGUAUCUACCUACAUCUCAAAAUGUUUAAAUUUACAAUAAUGUAUAAAUGAACUUUAACCGGACGUCAAUGUGUACAAUUAUUUUUUGUAUCAUAGACAUUUGCUGUUAAACUCUGUGCUCGUGAACCGUUUUAUUGACAUUUUCAAUUCACGGGUGCUAGCAAGAUAGAUCGAAUACCUAGGCGAGUUUGAAUCGCCCCAUAAAAUUUCACCAUAACCUAAUAAAUGACCGUAGAAAAUAUUAUUCUUGAUGUAACCACAAAAUAACGAAGUUUAAUUAUAACUUGAAAUAUUAUCCCAUUAUUUGAUAAAACAUAAUAUAAAAAUACAACGUUCAAUUGUUCAGAGUUCAUAACUCCACUACUCACGUGGUGAUUACUGAUUAAUGUUCGUUUAUCAGUUUGUAAACAAUUCCACAGUCAAACGUAAACACUAAACAGCUGACUUCAAGGAAUUAUAAUUUUCCCGGACGUAAGGCAGCAAUAAUAAAACCAUUUAUUAUUUUUUCUGUUUUGUUUUUACUAUAGGUAUGAUUAUAUUAAUUAUUAAAAUGUUAACACUGUAUUAAUUGACAAUAUUAUUGUUAAAAUCAUAAUGACCUUAGAAUACCAUGAUAAACUCUAUUUUUUCUUCAACUUAGUAUUACCUGCUAAUUGUUAAAAUGAUAGUGACAAGAAAAAUUAAAUGUACAAAUUAAAGUGCAUAUAAAAUAACAGUGUUUUUAAACAAUUGGUUCACGAUUUUUUUUUUUCUAUUGUGUUAAGAGCUCAAUGUCUAUAGUAAUUAAUAUAAAUUAUAUUUUAAAACAAUUGAUUUGAUUUCAUAUCAGCAGCCUAUUGUUGUAACCCAACUAUGGGCAACACCAGUGGAAAUCAACGGCACAAAUCAGCAGGUUUGAUCGCUCCUUCUUCGCCGACAAAAGAAGUACAAAGUCAAGCAUUUGUUUUCGAUAAAAAUUCGGAUACUAAUGCAUUACUCGAGGCGAAUCCAGUGUUUACUAAAAAUCCGUCUAAACCAAACGUAUGUUAUCUACCUAUUUGUUCAACAUUUGUAUAGCCUAGUUUUAAUUUUCUUGUAAGCUAAAUUAUUAUUUAAUUUAAUUUUUAUGUUCUCCAUCCAUAAGGAUGAUGAUUUUACUGAUGGCAUUCCUCAUUCCAUGUCAGCUAAUGACACUGAAAACAAAAUGUUACCUACUGUAUUCAGAUGGGAAGGUGGUGGCAAACAAGUGUUUAUUAGCGGCACAUUCUCUGAAUGGAAACCUAUACCAAUGGUUCAAAGGUAUUUUUGAAUAAUAACAUUUUCUUAUUGUCAAGCAUAUAAUAAUUAUUAAUUGCUAAUUUCUAUCAUUUAAUUCACAUUCCAAAAAUAAAUAUAAACAUUUGUUUAGUAUUACUAUUUCAAUAAAGUAUGUCUUUCUUAUUAUGGUAAAUAUCUGCAUCCUGUAAUCCACAGGUGGGACUAACCCUCAAUGAAAAAUAAAUCUUAAGCAAUAUUCACAUUGAUUAGGUAUUAUGAUGUUUUAUAAUUGACAAAAAUCGAAAAGUCCAUUUAUUUCUAAUCUAUUAAGUAGGUAAAUAUUUUAAUGUUUUAUUACCAGAAGAUUAACUCAUAUUUUUAAACAUUGUGUUUCAAUGAUUUUAAGGUAUACUAUUAGACCACUUAACCGUAAACAACAUUUAUUUUGUAUCUAUUUGAAUUAUGUACCUAUUAUUGUCGGUUAAAUCUGUAUAUAUGUAUGGUUUUAUAUUUGUAGUAAUGGUAAUAAAAUGAUAAAAUAUUAUUGUAAAAUUUGAUAUAUAUUUUACUAAAUAAUUUUUAUUUAAUAAAACCAAUAUUUUUACUAUACUUCUCAAUCGUAAUAAAAAGAAAAAUGAUUUUUGAACAAGUUUAUAUUUUAAAGUUUAUUAUAUGAACAUGUAAAAUGUCCAGUCUCUAAAUGUAUUUUAAACAAUAAUUCUGUAUAGAAUUUUGUAACCCAGUAUAUUAUGCUUAUGUGUAUAGAAACCUUUUUUAUUUUAAGUUAUAAUUCGACAGCAAUGAAAAAUCUGUUUUCAUAAUACUUCUUCCCCACUGCUAUCAUCGUUUAUUUAUAGUUAUAAGUGAUAUACUAUACAAACCUGUUUUUCCCUACCCAAGAAUCUGUAGAAAUCUAAAUAAAUUAAAUAUUUUAGUUUGUAAAUAGUAAACAGGAUAUUUUAAAAAUGCAUGAAGUACCACCUUUUUAAUAUUUGUAUACUUGAAUUAAUAAUGAUAUAAUAAUAUUCGAAUAAUAUAUAGGUACCUGUCUUCUCAACCAAAGUUACAAAACUGUUACUAUACGGUGAUAAAAUGUAGUCUAAACUUAUGUUUAAAAAUCUGAAAAAAAUUUUACUAAACCAUUAUCGUUAAAUAUUUUUUUUAUUAAAAUAUAAAAACUACAUUAUAAAUAAUUAUUGCUAUUUAAAUAGUUUUUUUUUUUUUGUUUUUCUGAUUGUAGUCACAGUGAUUUUGUGACCAUCAUUGAUUUACCAGAAGGCGAACACCAGUAUAAAUUUUGUGUUGAUGGGAAUUGGCAAUGUGACCCAAAAGUAGUAAGUUUACUCUUUGAGAUAAAUUAAAACAAAUUAAUUAUUUUGUGUUAAUUGUAUUUUCAGUCCAUGAUAGAUGGUGAUCCCGGUAUUACAAAUAACAAAGUAGUAGUAAAGAAAACAGAUUUUGAAGUUUUCCAAGCAUUAGAUGUAGAUGCAAUUGGUGAAAAUGGCAUUGAAAAAAGUAAUUUGUUUUUUUAUAUUAAAAUUUUACUAGAUUAUGGAGAUAUGGAGAAAUAUUUAAUAAUAUGUAUGAUAAACUAUUUAAUGACUCAAAUGAAAAAUUUUAAUACCUAAUAAGUGUAUCUUUAUUUAUAUAAUAUAUUUUGUUUUUAAAUUAAGUAAAAUAAAAGAGUAAAAUUUACUGUUUAUUGUUUUACAAAAUAUUCGUUUAAAAAAUAUCUAUUUAAACUAGUUCGUAGGUAUAUAUACAGGCUGUCCCAUGAAGAUAUACCCCUUAAAUAUCUCCGAAGAUAAUAAAGAUAAUCAAAUUCUGUUUUUUUUAUUAUUAUUAUUAUUAAAAAAAUAACUUCAUAUUAUUAUUUUCGGAAAAUUUUUAAGAAAACCAUUAUGUAAAGAUUAUUUUUCUGAAUAUUUUAGUGUAUCACACAUUUUUAUCUGAUGUACAGUUUUUAAGUAACAGUAAUUUCAAAUUCAACUAAUCCGUGUGAAACCUGAUGUUAUCUAAGAAAUAACCUAACUGUGUUACACGAUACUUAAAAAUAAUUCAUCAGAUAUAAAUGUGAUCUUAAAAUUUUUUCAAAAAUAAUAAAAUGAAAAGUUAUUGUUUUUAUUUUCCUAAUAAAAAAAAAAAAAACAGAAUUUGGUUAUCUUUAUUAUCUACAGAGAUAUUCAAGGGGUAUAUUUCCAUGGGACAGCCUGUAUAUACAAAUGUAUGUAAUUUAAAGUGAAAAAUAAAAUACAUUUUUAAUACUUACUCUUUACAAAAAAAAUAAUAAAUGUUAUACUUUAAAAUAUUAUUUAUUAAUAUAUUAAAUAUUUAAUUUUUUAAAUUUUUUUUUUUUAAAGUAAUAAUAAUGGCUAAAUUAUUAAUUCCAUGAUAAAAAAAACUAAAGUUAACCAAAAUAAAAUGUCCUAUUAAUAUUUGACCAUUCAAAUUUUGUUUAAAAAAUAUAUAAAAUAAACAUUUAUUAAAUUAUUAUUAUUUAUUUUUUUUUAUCAAUAGUGUUAUAGUGAAAAAUAAAUAUUAAUAACUGUGUUAAAUUAAUAUUAAAUAAAUUAUGUUUAUACAUUUCUUAACUAGCUAUCUCAUCUAAUCUCAUAUUUUACUAAUAAUAAAUUGUUUUUUAUUCAGCUGGCUUUUCACAAGAAAUUCCUUCAUCAGUUCCAUGGCAAAAAAUUCCUGGGCCACCUAUUCUACCACCACAUCUUCUACAAGUGAUCCUAAAUAAAGACACUCCGAUUUCGGUAAUUUUAAUCUAUACAAUUUUUUUAUGGUCAAUUCAUUUUUAUAAUAUAUUUUGUGUUUAUAGUUGGAACCAACGAUUCUUCCAGAACCAAACCAUGUGAUGCUCAACCAUUUGUAUGCUCUUUCAAUUAAAGAUGGAGUCAUGGUGUUGAGUGCCACACACAGAUAUCGUAAAAAAUUUGUCACCACUCUUCUAUAUAAACCAAUUUGAACAUGGUAGAUGUUUAUAUUUUAUUAUUUAUAUACUUAUAAUUAAAAUAAAACAAAUUUGACUGAAUUAUAGUUAUAUUAGCAUAUUAUAGUUUUAAUGCUUGAGCUAUAAAUUAUAAUUUAUUCAGUCUUGUAUAUUAGGGACAUUUUCCGGUAACUGCUGUUAUACCAUACAAUUUACCAUUACUGACUAACGGUACAGGUAAAUGUUCUUUUUUCACUUUUUCAUAUCUUCCAAUAUAUUCAAUUUUUUCUCUGAAAAAAAAAGUAUGUGUAAAUAUAUUUGUUUAUUUUUAAUAAAAUAUAUGAGAUCACAUACGAUAUCCAGUCAGUCCAAUAAUAGUUAUCUUGGGUAAUGGUCAAUCCAAAAGGAUAACUACAGUUAGCAACAGCAGUCCGUUGUAAUCUACUGUCUAUUCCAAUACAUUCUGCAAUAUUAUAAUAAAUUAUACGUUAACAAUUUAAGUUUUUGUAAUUUAGCAACAAAGAUCAAUUAUAUGUAUGAUAAUUAGUAUUAAAACUGAAGUUAUCUCUCUAUAUUUCUAUAUAUAAAUAUAUAUAAUUUUUUUAAAUUAUUUAUUUACCAAUGCUUUUUAGGCCUGCAUCUGCCCAACAAAUUUCAUCUGUGUACCAAUCUAUAGCUAAAGAAUUUGGUAAUUUGACAUUAGGUCCUUGAACAAAUAUUUCUCUUCUGCUACCAUCUAAAUCUGACCACUCUAUUUUAGGGCUAUUCCUGUUCCAGUCGGACCAGAAUAAUUUUCUAACCAUUGAUAAUUAAAAAAUAUUAGUCUAUUAAAUUAUUAAAUCAUUUAUUAGUAUUACUUUCUAUUUGGAUGAACUGCAAUUCCUCUGGGAUUACUUAAUGAAGAAUUUGCUAUGGUUGUUAUAUGGGUUCCAUUGGAUAAAUCUGCAACCAUUACUCGUUUUAAACCAGAGUCAGUCCAAUAAAUCUUUCUAUUAACCCAGUCUAAAGCCAAUCCUUCUGUUGAUUUUGCGUCAGUAACAAUAAAUUCUUGUACCAUUGAACCAUCCAAUUUAGCUGACUUGAUUGUUUGACCUGUUAUGUCACUCCAAUAAAGCUGCCCUUCUAAGCAAUCAACUGCAAUGCCUAUAAAAUAAAAUGUACAUUACUGCUACUAACUAUGACUAUAAAAUAAUUUUUAAGUUUUCUAUAUUUACCAAUCGCUAUUUGAUAAAAUUGCAGGUGAACUGGAUGACCCAGUUUUGUUUUGUUUGGAACGGUUGAAAUAUGCAAUGUUGCCAUCCCUUGAUUUACGAGUAAGUAGAUGUCUUCUUUUGCUGUUUUUUUAAUUUCUUAAAACAAAUGAUACUUAAGUAUAAGGGUAA